GUAAACUCAACAUCUCAUCUCAGAGCGGCUGCAGAGGGACAGCCUUCGGGCGUUGAGGGCCAUGAACAAUGUUGGAACGGUAGCUCUGCGAAUAGCCAGAAUUGGCGUACAAGCCUCGCCCUCCCACUCCCCUCUCAGGCCCAUUUCGCGGGCAUGGCUGCUGGCUUCAUUUUCCUGUCAUGGCCAGGAGUCUCUUGCAUACCAGCGAUCGCGCAAUCCACUGCUUGAACCUCCCUUACUGGGAGUCCAGUUCCGCACCUUCUCGCAGUCUACGCGAUGCAGCUUCCGCCAGUCUUCCAUGGUACAGAAACUCAAACCGUAUGGAGCCGACAACAAGCCCGAAAAAGGCCUGAAAUUUCAGGACGCCGACCUCAGCAGAGAGCAGAUAUUAUCCAUCUUCGGACGCCAUGCCCCUCCUACUCAAUUUGCGAACCGAUUGCUCCGGGUCCUCCACGGCCGCCGCCACGACGGAACGCUGGACCUGCCACUCCCCAAAGACGUCGAGUCGCAGCUAGGGAAAUUUCCUCAUGCUGUCGAGGACAGUCUACACUAUUUAAGACAGGCAUAUCCAAUCGACGAAGAUGAGGCGAUUUUGUACCGUAUCGAACGGGAAGAGGACGAACUUGAAAAGGACCACCCUUCGGUUCUGAUGCAAAGGGGACAAGAUAUUGGUCUGUACAGAGCACAUACAGCACCAGAAGAAUCAUAUUACGGGCCCCAGAGCGGGCACUAUCAGGCUGAACUCAGUGAAAGAGAAGGCGACCCAUACGGAAAGAGUGAGCUGGACAGGAUCCGCGCCGAAAAUGAAGCCAGACGUGAAAAGGAAGAGGCGGAGUUACAGGCACAAAUCGACAAGGAGAUGGAGAAAGCCCAAAAGGCCCAGAUUGAGCGAUCCAAAGCCCUCGCUCAACGACCGGAACAAGGGUUAGAGACGGCCAAGGAGCUGAGACCGCCCAACAGUUUUGAGAAAUGGGUGCUAAGAGCUCGAAACCGAGCGCAGUCAAAGCUGACGCUCGAAUCGCCAGAGAUCGCUCAGAUGUCUAUGUUGCGACGUCUAUUUCCCUCACUUCUCCUAGUGGCCCUGUUAUGCGGUGGCUCCUACAUCUUUGCCCAAGCCUGGACUCGACCAAAGCAGUCCGACCGACUCUUUCCGGAUGUGUCGCUUUCAUUUGCAACCAUUGGCACUCUGAUUGCCAUCAACACCGCCGUCUGGCUUGCUUGGAAGUUCCCGCCUUGCUGGUCCAUGCUGAACAAGUACUUCUUGUUUGUUCCCGCUUAUCCUUAUGCACUCAGCAUGAUUGGAAACCUGUUUAGCCACCAAACACUAUGGCACUUGACGAUGAACAUGGGGGCUUUGGCGAUCUUCGGUCUUCCUCUUCACGAAGAAAUUGGCCGCGGCAAUUUUCUGUCCAUUUACUUUACUUCAGGGUUGAUAGGAGGCUUCUUGAGUUUUGCGCGCCACCUUGCUCAACGCAAUCUGGCAACGUCUGUUCUUGGGGCGAGUGGGUGCGUGUAUGGCAUCAUAUCUGCAUAUCUUGCCCUUCAUUCCCGUGACAACUUCUCUCUUAUCUUCAUUCCCCACGACUGGACGGAUAAGUUGUCUUUCAGCGGCCAGACAGUUCUGGUACUCCUCACUGCGAGUCAGGUUUUUGGAGCACUGGGGCGUUUGGGAAGGUACGACUACAUUGACCACCUAGGAGGAAUGGCGGUGGGAUACGUCUAUGCUCGAUGGCUGCAGAGUAACGGGCACAGGCGAAGGGAAGACACGACCAGACUGGGUUCAUGGUGGACGAACCUGGUCGGGAAAAAGCCGUGAGGAUGUAUGCUCAACCUGGAACUGAAGCCCCUCGACUUCAUUCGCAGAACAGCCAAAACCGCGUUCGUAUUCAGUGUUUAUUACUCUGACCCGAGCUGGACAUGAGAGGGAGAACUCCAAGUACUCCCAUUCGGAUCCGGAAGUCUUCACAUGGACAUUCAACGACCAUUCUGGACAAGGCCGGUUCCGAGACACUGAUUCACAAAUUGCGCAGUCGUCCUCACAAAGACUGGCUCACUGGCGUUUGUGAAGGUCAUGCUGCUACAGAUGAAGAUGUAUUGCAGCAAGAUGUCGAUAUCCCGGUUGACUCCUGUAGCGCAGCACAGCCCCCGGGCUGUGGAGGUUGAAUAGAGAAUGAUUCCACUCAUGUACAAGAUGUCACCAUUAGCUACCAAUCUAAGGGCCUUGAAACGGAUGCCAUUGUUGUCCACUGC